AUGUCACUUACGAAUGAAUCCAUUUGGGCUGCUAGCCCCUCGACCACCCGCGGACAGCCCACUCAGCUUUCUUCCGAUGCCAAAGGCGAGCGAUUGGCCUAUGCGUCCAACAAAUCUAUCUUCCUACGUUCGAUUGACGACCCAGCAGUUGCUAGACAGUACACCGAACACAAAGCGCAGACAACAGUUGCCCGCUUCGCCCCCUCUGGUUUCUACGUUGCAAGUGGUGACGCUGCCGGUAUUGUGAGAGUUUGGGAUUGCGUUGGCGAAGGAAUCACCAAGGGAGAAUACAGCAUCGUCAACGGCCGAAUCAACGACUUGGCCUGGGACGGUGACUCCCAGCGCAUUAUUGCCGUUGGUGAUGGCAAGCAGCGAUAUGGACACUGCAUCACCUGGGACAGUGGAAACACCGUUGGCGAGAUUCACGGCCACACGAAACAGCUCAAUGCUGUAUCAAUUAGGCAGCAGCGCCCUCUGCGCGCCGCCACUGCUGGUGACGACAUGAAGACGGUCUUCUACCACGGAGCGCCAUUCAAAUUCAACAAUGGAAUUGCAGACAAGCACUCGAACUACAUUUAUGGUCUUGGGUUCAGCCCGGAUGGGUCAAACUUGGUCAGUGUUGGCGCGGACCGGAAGAUCUGGCUUUACGAUGGCAAGACAGGCGAGACCAAGGGCCAGAUCGGCGAAGGCGAGCACAAGGGCAGCAUUUUCGGAGUGUCCUGGGCGAAGGACUCGCGAAAAUUCGUGACUGCCAGUGCGGAUCGGACUGUCAAGAUCUGGGAUGUGGAAGCUGGCAAAGCCACCCAAAGCUGGACUCUGGGAGAGGAGGGUGCUAUGGCUGUUCGCGAUCACCAGGUCGGCGUGGUCUGGCCCCCUGGAAGGAGCGAUGACCUGCUCAUCAGUUUGUCUCUCAGCGGAGACUUGAAUUACUUGGUUGAGGGCACGCCCAAGCCUCGCCAGGUAGUCUCCGGCCACCAGAAGAGCAUCACGUCCUUGAACCAGACGACUUUGGACAACAAGGAAACUCUGUGGACAGGUAGCUUCGACGGCAGAGUCUGUAGCUGGGAUGUAGCUACAGGUGAGGCUGAUGAGAUCGAGGGCGACGCCCACCCCGGCUACGUCGCCGGGCUCGCAACGACAUCGGAGGGCAGCGGUAGAAUAUACAGUGUCGGCUGGGACGACACCCUCCGCUCUGUCGAUGCCGCGGCUAAGACUUAUACUGGCAGCGCUUCUAAACUCAGUGGGCAGCCGAAGGGCGUUGCGGCUGGUAAUACGACAGUGCUUGUCGGCGAAGCUGAAACCAUUGAGAUUUUCCAGGAUGGCAAGAAAAUCGGGGAAUUCAAGACUGACUUUGCGGCCACAACCGUAGCUGCGCACGGUUCCCAGGCUGCAAUCGGAGGAGAAAACGGGUCCGUCCAGAUCUGUGCCAUCACCAGCUCUAGGCUUUCUCCCCGGGCAGAUAUCAACGCGUCUCGCAACCCGAUCUCAUCCCUUGCCUUCUCUCCAGACGCCUCUCACUUGGCCGUAGGCGACUUGCGGGGCCGUGUCCUUGUUUUCAAAGUUUCGGAUGGCAGCCUAGUGACUGACCGCUGGACGGCGCAUACAGCACGGAUCACUUCGCUUGCCUGGAACGAGGCUGGCACACACGUUGUCAGCGGAUCGCUAGACACAAACAUCUUCGUUUGGAGCUUGGCGAAACCCGGCGACUGGAUUGAGCUUCAGAACGCCCACAAAGAGGGUGUUCAUGGUGUCGGAUGGGUUGCAGGAGGCUCCAAGAUCAUCUCAGCCGGUGCUGAUGCAGCGGUGAAGGUGUGGAAAGUGGAAGGACUGAAAUAG